GCCGAGUAAACGGAUCUGAACGUCUGACGCAAUCACUGCCGGCGACUGGGAGCUGGGGUCUGUCUCUCCUCCUCCAGCACACAGCACCACGUGUAACAACGGCAGCUUUGUUGGUGAAAUUGUGUCCUCCUAACUAGACAGCAUGGGUGACUGUCUGACACCUGAUGAAAAGGUUCAUCUCGUCACACGCAACCUGCAGGAGGUUCUUGGGGAGGACAAGCUGAAGGAAAUCCUGAAGGAACGAGAGCUACGACUGUAUUGGGGCACAGCGACCACAGGAAAACCACAUGUAGCUUAUUUUGUGCCAAUGUCCAAAAUCGCUGACUUCCUAAAGGCUGGGUGUGAGGUAACAAUCUUGUUUGCAGACCUCCAUGCCUAUCUGGAUAAUAUGAAAGCUCCCUGGGAUCUUCUAGCAUAUCGCACCAGUUAUUACGAACAGGUUAUCAAAGCUAUGCUGCAAAGUAUUGGUGUUCCAUUGGAGAAACUGCGCUUUGUUAGGGGGACUGAAUACCAGCUUAGCAAGGAGUAUACGUUGGAUGUGUAUAGGCUAUCCUCGGUUGUCACUCAACAUGACGCUAAGAAAGCUGGAGCAGAGGUGGUGAAACAAGUAGAGCACCCAUUGCUCAGUGGUCUCCUGUACCCAGGAUUGCAGGCUUUGGAUGAAGAAUACUUGAAAGUUGAUGCACAGUUUGGAGGUGUUGAUCAAAGAAAAAUCUUCACAUUUGCUGAAAAGUACCUACCUGCCCUGGGUUACACGAAGCGCAUUCAUCUGAUGAAUCCUAUGGUUCCUGGACUUACUGGAGUCAAGAUGAGCUCAUCUGAAGAGGAAUCAAAGAUUGAUCUCCUGGACACUCCCUCAGAUGUGAAGAAAAAGUUAAAGAAAGCUUUCUGUGAGCCAGGGAAUAUAGAGAACAACGGAGUCCUGAGCUUUGUGAGACAUGUCCUAUUUCCCCUAAAGUCAGAAUUUGUCAUUCUUCGUGAUGAGAAAUAUGGUGGGAAUAAAACCUACACAGACUUUGAUGCACUGGAGAGAGAUUUUGCUGAACAGCUUGUCCAUCCUGGAGAUCUUAAGGCCUCAUUGGAGAAAGCCCUCAAUAAGUUAUUGGACCCAAUUAGAGAGAAAUUCAACAGCCCAGAAUUGAAGAAAUUAAGUAAUGAUGCAUAUCCUGAUUCCACAAAACAGAAGGCUGUAUCUAAGGUUCCAAAUAAGAGCACUGAUCCAGAGGAGCUUAGUCCAUCUCUCCUGGAUUUACGAGUUGGAAAGGUUCUAUCUGUGAGCAGGCAUCCAGAUGCAGACGCUUUGUAUGUGCAAACUGUGGAUGUGGGUGAGGAGAAUCCUCGCAUUGUUGUAAGUGGAUUGGUGAAGUAUGUGUCCUCUGAGGAGCUGCUGGGUCGCUCUAUUGUACUCUUGUGUAACCUGAAGCCUCAGAAGAUGCGUGGCGUGGAGUCACAAGGCAUGCUGCUCUGCGCAUCCAUUGAGGGGGAGAAUAGACAGGUGGAGCCCUUGGACCCACCAGCAGAAUGUGCACCUGGUGAGCGGGUAUAUAUUGAGGGAUACGAGAACGGAGAACCAGAGGGUGAACUGAAACCAAAGAAAAAGGUCUUUGAGAAGUUGCAGGCUGACUUCAGGAUUUCUGACGACUUGGGUGCUCAUUGGAAAGAAAACAAAUUUCUGACUAAACUGGGGCCGGUGACCUGUAAAACCCUACGUGGGGGCAGCAUUAGUUGAUUGUGCGUAACAUUUUAUUCCAUCCCAUGCUAUGGGUGUCAUCUUUUAACCCUUUCACUGUUGGAGGAAUGUAACCUAAAUUCAGAGAGACAGAAUGUGCUGUUAUUUAUGUAAACGAGGCACGUGAUGGGGCCUCAUCUGCACACCAUUCCCACAUUCCCAACCACCUGGUCCAGAGCGAUCAUUGUAUAUUAACGAAAUAAAGAGUUCUCUCAUUUA